AUGACAGUGAAUCAGUAUGAGCAAAUACGUAAGUUUCUUCACUUCAAUGACAACAGUGCAAUGAUACCCAGGGGUGAAAAAGGUCAUGAUAGACUCUUCAAGAUAAGACCCAUAAUAGAAUUGAUGAGAUCUCGGUUUCAAACAAUACCUGUUGAGGAGUGUGUUUCUGUUGAUGAACAGAUAUUUUCAACAAAGGCUAGAAGUUAUUUGAAACAAUACAUGCCAAACAAGCCUCAUAAAUAUGGAUACAAAUUAUUUGUUAUUAGUGGCAUAUCUGGUUAUGCCUACGAUUUUGAGAUUUUCACUGGAGAUGAAAAUGAACCAGAAAAAAGAGUGACUCGGGAGGAGGACUUGGGAGCAAGUGCAAAUGUUGUAGUUCGACUCAGAAUUUACUCACUUGGGACAGUCAGAAGAAACAGAGUGCCAGACUGCAAGCUCCCUUCAGAAGCUGAGCUGAAGAAAAUGGCACGAGGUGCAUCAGUAGAGCGCGUCGCUACAGUGGAUGGUGUCGACAUAUCAAAUGUAGUGUGGAAAGAUAACAAGAGUGUGAUGUUGCUUUCCACACUUGCUGGACAGCAGCCUAUUCAUGAAGCAGGGAGGUAUGACAAAAAAACAAAGUCAAGAAUAACAAUACCUUGUCCACAAAUAAUUAAGCUCUACAAUAAACAUAUGGGAGGUGUUGACCUUCUUGACAGCAUAAUGGGUCGACAUAAAAUUCUUGUGAAAAGUCGAAAAUGGUAUAUAAGAUUGCUUUACCAUCUCCUGGACAUGGGAGUAGUCAAUUCCUGGCCGUUGUAUAGGAGAGUAGCAGAAACCAAAGGGAUUAGGAGAACUAUGAAACUCUCCGAAUUUCGAAUGGAAAUUGCUCACUGUUUGUGUCGCUCAGGUCAAACUUCAGCAAAACGUGGAAGGCCAAGUAAUGAACUCGAAAACCAAAUACAAGCUAAGAAGACAAAGGGGCCCACAGCACAUGUACCUCCACAAGAUGUAAGGCUGGAUCAAGUAGGUCACCUGCCUUCGUACUUGCAACUAAGUGUAUACACUCCGCUGCAGUUUGUAGCAGUUCUCCAUUGCGAUCAUAGAUGGCAGGACGAGCUGAAGCAGUUCGACAGUGAGCUGUGUGGACAUACUGCCAAGUGUGUGUUUUGGCGGAAUGUUGAGGCGCUGACGUAA